AUCUGCAAAAUAUGGUUCUAAAGUUAAGAAUCGCCGUCGUUUGUUCCAGCAAUCAAAACCGAAGUAUGGAAGCACAUAAUUUCCUAAGGUAAAGGGUUAGCCGACCGAAACGCGCCGGGAAUAUGCCUUUUAUGUUGCAGUGUAAUAGCUGCCAACUAUUUUGGCAGGUGAAGUUGUGUCAAGGGUAAAGAUGGGAAUGUUUUUUGCGUUUCUUUUGUUUAAUUUCAGCAAGCGAGGAUUCAACGUCAAAUCCUUUGGAUCUGGAGUACAAGUGAAGUUGCCUGGCCCAGCCCCGGACAAACCUAACAUAUAUUCGUUUGAAACUACCUACGAUGAAAUGUACCGAGAUUUACUGAAAAAAGACCCUCAACUGUAUCCAGUCGAUUUUCGAAGUUGAAAAAAGCGUUGCUAUUCGAGGAUAGCACGCAAUCAAAGGGCGGUAAUCCGGUAAAAAUUGUUCAGAUUCUGUUUGCAUUCCAGCACGUACGACACGCAAAAACAGUCUCCCUUCCACUACAGGUUUUAUAUCUUGUGUGUUUUUACUUAGAAAAUAGGAAAUUACGGGAUUUUUUUUUUCUUGGGGGUUUUUCUAGAUCACCAGGCUUUGUUUGUCAGUGGAUGGUCUACUUUAUCAAGUGGGUAAAUUCUUAACCAGCAGUUAAAAUACACAUAGUAAGAUACAUUUUAACUGCUUGUUAUGGAUUUCCACAGGACUUUAAGGUUUUCCCUUCACUGAUUUUGAACAAACCUACACAAGGCCAGUUGGUCGAUCAUUACAUUGGGUAACAGGAGUGGACAGGCCUUUUAUUUGUCCAGGGAGUCUGAAUGUUCUUUCUUUGCAGCAUACUAGGAAGAUUUUUCAAGAAGAGAAAGUCCCACGUAAGAGUGUAAAGCCUGUGCAAUCACUACAAAAACAAAAUGAACUUUCAUUGAGUGCUCAAGCACUAGGUUAAGUAAUAAAAUAUUAAGGUAGUUGAAGGGCACAGUGCUUUACAUUAUUGUGGCCAACUCGGACAAAGUAAGACGACGGAGCCAGAAUGGAUCUGAUUGGCAAAGGUAAAGCUUUUUCGUCAGACACGUUUAGUGUAAGAUGUUGAAAUAAGCAGUAAGUGUUUGACAUUAAUAAAUUUUGUUAUGAAUCACUGUGUUUCAGUGAAGUAACCUUCUCAAAAUCAUCUUAUUCACCUGUCCACUGAACACUCUUAAAAACCCCUUACCCUGAAUGAUUGUCUUGUCUGCCCCGGAAUGGCCCUGGCAAAAGAGUCCAUGAGACACUGUUAGUGGAUUUUACCCAGGCCUUCCUAUGAAUUGAUAGGACAAAAGAAAUGAAAGGUAAAAUUUACUGAAUGCUGAAACAUUAUGCCAUGAGAAUUGAAAUCCAAUCUGUUAAGAAUUAGUGUACCAAUCAACUUUGAAAAAACUGCUGAUAAUCCCAGUCAGUCAAACAAAACCAUUGCCCAAAAAGGCCAGUAGUAAGCAGUCAAAGCAUUUUAUUUGAAAGCAACUAUCUUGGCUCGAUAAACCAAGACCCGUGUUAUGGCAUCUUUUUGGAAGAUCAUUGCUAUACCUGGAUGACUGAGGUCACAAAUUACGCCUAAGAGGUUAUCCCUUACACUGUCACUCCCCUGCGCUUUAACAAAAUAAAAAAUCAAAUAUUCUGAAGCCAAGUUGUCAACUUAGGAGGUUCAUUGAUUGCCUCCAUUUUUGAGUUUCCAAAAAAGAGUGCCAGUUUUGCCCUUAAAGAAUAUAGUGUCUCCUGCAUGCGCAGUCAGCCUUGAAUGGAAUCACAUUUAAAGAGACACUUGAAAAACAGACCAGAGCUUACAAAGCAGUUAAGUGAGCAGAAUUUUCAACAGGAGGAUUGGAAAUUACAUUUGUCUACUUCUCGGUUUUGAGUGACCAAUGAGUACAAAACUCUUGAGGUCUAAGAAGCAGUUGCUGCACACAAGCUGCACAGGUGUGAACCAGUUUUCCAAUUCAGCAGCGCAGAAGUGGUGAAAGGCUAACAAGCAUCGAGUUCUGUACUUUGGUUGUUGAUGAAAAAUAUAUGCUUUCAACUCUUGCUCAUUGCAAGAAGUGGACCUGGUUACCAAUACUUCUCUUAUAUUGAAACCUUUCUGAUACCACAUCAGCUCACUGUGGGGAAAAUCUGCUGGUGCUUGUUAUGAAAUUUUUUUUUGAUCCUGUAAUCCAGUGACUUAAAUGUUUGCAGCUCAUCUCUGCGGAGCUUUCCUGUUCUCUUUUGUUUGUUUGUUUUUUUUGGCUAAUUUUUGCCAAAAAAUGAUCUAUGUAUAAAGCUGUGUAAAUGCCACGAUAAAAUAUUCAUCAAGUUGUCGUGAAGAAUUCAACAUAACCAAUGGGUUGCGUCACAAAUAUGUUGCACUAAAUCAAGGAAUUUUUCAAAGUGACCCUCCUCAAAAUCAUGAUGCUUGUGGCUUGUUUUUUAAUUUUCAAUGCACGUACACAGUUGACUAAAAAAAAGCACGAUUAUCUUGUAAUUAAUUGCAAUUUGAUAUGCAACUGCUUCUGUCCAGCAGUUCACAUAGAUCUUUCAGGCACUUUUUAUAGGUAAUGAAUUAAUGUCAUUGUACUUAAGUCUGUCCAGAAAACAAAAAACUAGAGUGGGAAUCCUGUGUUGACCCCUGCUAGAGGAAGUUUAUUGUGCACAUAUACAUGUCUCCUGUCUUGGUGAGACUUGUUGAAAACCAGUAAACACAUUAUUCGAGUUAAAAUAUUUACGGUUGCAUUGUUUGGUAGUUGGAAAUUUGCAUAAUGAUGACAGAGACCAUCAAACUGCCUCCUACAGUGUUGGUUUCAUUUCUGGUCCUAGGCAUUCUACUGGUUCUCUGACAUCCUGGUUUUCACCUUUCUGGAAUUAAAUUGCUACCUUGGAAAAAAAAUGUCAACCUUAAAACGUUUUCUUGUCACAUGUUAAAUCCACCACAUAUUGAUGACUGUUUAACUUGAGUAGGGGAGCAAAAGGUAUUUUAUGUUUUCAAAUUUGGCUAUUUUCGGGCUUUGUCCUGGCAAGCUUUAUCUAUUUAUUUUUCUAGAUAUCACACUUUCUUUUUUUAAUGUUUUGUUUUGGACCAACAUCAAUGCAGUUAUUCACACAGCAUUCAGAUUCUGCUGACAAAAUUCCCAGAAAGAAUUUGUUUGGGUUGCAGUUUUCACCAAUAUUUAUAAACAUUUGCAGUUUUGGGCAAUUUUUUUUGUGGUUGAGCAGUUUCUGAAAUUUAUUCUGAAGGGCUUCAAUGCCCCCUUCUUUAGGAUCCAUGGACAGAUUUCUUUCUUCUUUUCCAAUUGAAGCAAAUAAUAUUAUUGUAUUAGGCAUGUUUAUUUGAGAAAUAAAGUGAAGGUUUCUUAAUGUGAUCAGUAGGAAAUGGUUCCUCAGUGAAUGUUGCAAUCCUAAGCUCCAAGUCUGUCUUAUUUGAGGCCUCAAUGAAUUCUUUGCAAGUGCAAGUUAUUUCUAGUACCUGCUGUUAUGUCAAAAUUUAUUCAAUUCGAAUUCUGUUUUCUUUGUUUUUACUGGAACUUUUAAAUGACAUUAUUGACUUUGGCUCGUGGGCUUGAUUAUCUGUAACAACUGUGUGAAGUGGCAGGCUUACUCAUGCAUGUGCCUGUGAAAUAUUAGAUUGUUGAAUCAGUUUGUUCUACGAAGUAAUGACAACCAUAGCCUAGAGUCCCAAAAAAUUAUUGCCGGGCUUGUGGCAUUAUAUUAUACUCAGUCUCAGUCGAGUGACAGGUGUCUUGAUGCACCCACAGUUAUUAACAGUGCCUAAGACUCCUUUAACCAAUCAAAAACAAGCUAGUCAAAAUUUGUAGGGCAUGAAUUGGUAGAAUUUAAGCAAUGCUGUUCAUACUUUGUUCUUUUUGUCAUGGUAGUACUGUAUUUGAAAUUGGCCAUUUGCAAUUAGCAGUAAAUUAUAUUUGAAAAAUAUCAAAUGCAUCUUAUCAUUUUUUGUUUAGUUAUGACAUCACAGACAAGCAGCACAACCCUUGCCGGCAGCCAUGGGGUGGGGUGAGUCACUGGUGUGGUGACCUUCACAGGGAGGAGCGCCUCCUAGUCUCAAAAUUAUUUUCGGUCAGUGUGUCAGCAACCACAGGUGGAGAUCAGCCAUCUGUGUCUUAAGUUAUGUCAUCAAAAUGGCAUUUUUCCUUCUAACAAUGCCUUUGAUUGCUGUACCUUGCUCAUCAGUUGCCACAUUUGUUACCAAAGCCAGCAUAGCUUGUGUGUGAAAAGUGCGAACCUGCUAUAGCCUUCCCGUCUUUUAAUGUACUUAAUAAAAUAAUAUUAUUUUACUUGCCACACAGUUCAUGUAUCACUUCAUCAGUUCUGUGCACUUGUGUAUUUAAAUUCUGGAUAUUUCUUAUAAAAUAGUUAUGUUUUUUUGUGCUGAGUGGUGGUGAUCAGCAAGUCAGAGUUAUUACUUUAUUAAGGUGCAAAAUACCCAUCACAAACCAUGUGCUAUCCAUUGAGCAGAACAGAUUAGCAGAGGAAUUGCAAGUUGUGCAAGUCUAAAUUGAACUCCUUGCCACUUGCUCAAGAAAUUCACCAGAAUCAAAAAUGCUGGAGAGUCUUCUGCGCCUGCAUUGGAUUGAUCAGCCACAGCCAAACGCACUGCACUGCUAUGACAAACAACUACAUCCAUUUAAAGAAAUCAAGUUAUGAAGGACUUAUUAUUGUAACUAUUACCCAGAAAGUUUUGGAUUGUAGACAAACAUGAAGAAUUUGCAUUUUUACGACAUCACACAUUUUGUCUGUAUCACCAAAACUUUUGCCAUAUAAUGACAGUGGUGUGCCAUUUUCCUAAUGUCAACCAUGGCUAUAUGGGAAAAAAAUGACCUUACCAAGUGUCAACUAUUAAAGGACCUACAGUUGCUUCAAAGUUUAAUGAAAUCGCAGUGAAAGCUAGUGCAAAGCUCCUCCCAUUUAUUUGUCCAAAGAAAAACAACAAGGCGGUGGUUUCUGGAGGGGAGCAUUGCGUGACAACACAAAAAACAGCUGUGGAGCAAACUAGUGGUGAAGAUGUCUUGAUCCUCCAUGGGGUACCAAUAGCUUCACUGGCAAUCUGACUUGUUUCAGGAUAAUUCUGAGAAAACAACUGUACACAGAGCUCUAGACUGACAAGAGCAAAGAAUUUCCAAUUCCAAGGGAAAGAAUGAUGUCAACUUAGUGAAGGAAUUGCCUUGCGUCAAACAAAAGAAGAAAGAGCUGUUAAGUGGUCGUGGAGAAAGUACUUCUGAGAGCAAUUAAAUCAGCCCUUUAGAUCAGUAACUUACAAGUGUCGCUUCAGAGUCCAGACAGACCUGGAAGUUAAAAGAGAUCUUAAUGAGGAAAUGACAGAAUAAUGCAUCCUGAUGAACUGAGGUACCCUCCAAAGGUAGAAGUACAGUCAAGUGAUGCAUACUUCAAUAAUUUUGCUUCUGGAUGGAAUGUUUGGCUGAGGAUCUAAUGCAGUAAAGUUCUGUUGCGACAGAUUAUGUGGUGAUGAAAUCCCAGACUGCCUUCUUUACAUCCUUGAUUAACACAGCCAGUUCCCAAAGAUUGUGCAGCUGGUGGAAGAAAAAGUGGUUCGCCUCGUAACUCCCCCCGCCCCUAAAGACAGAAGUGACAGGACAUUUAACACCAGGAAGUGCAAAAAUCUUUUCCUUGUAGGAUAAAAUGCUACUCCAAAGACUUAUUUUAUUUUUGUUGAGGGUGACUGGGUGUUUUUAAUGUUAAAGCAGGGUUCAUUUUGCAAGUGCAGACCAGAUGUUUUGUCACUCUAACCUUAGUCCUAAUCCUAACACUUCCGGGUUACACCCUCAUGAUCACCUGCACUGACAAAUUCAAACCCAGGGUUGUUUAUGAGAAUUUUUUGGUGGGAUCAAUCCAAAGUGUUACCCAGGGCAUUUAGGUAAUAAAUCACAUAAAUAAGAUAUUUUUCUUGUCCACUCUGCAAUUAUACAUUUUGGCCGCAUAACAGGCAUUUUUGGUUUUUUGUCAAGUUUCCUGGAAGUGAAGAGGUCAAAUGAGAUAACGAUAGUGAAGGGGGCAAGAGAAAUAAUUUUUCCCCUCACUCCCUCCCCACUUACUUUUUUGUUUGACCUCUGGUUAGCUUUCAUGAGGCUUUGUCUUCUGCUUUGCAAACCGCAAAUGAAAGACAGACGCAAAAAACCACCUGCUAUGCAGGCUGAUCGGCACAGCUGUAUCUCAUAGCUCUCUGUUGUUGGUCACUUUUCAUGAAAAAAUCUCCAUUUUGGCCAUGAAAAUUCCAUACUGAUGACAUAAGUCAAUUAUAAAUAAAUGAUUAACCAGGAAUUCAUGGGGUUUCGGAUGUAAUUUUUUUUUACUUUCGUUUUCUCCUUGCUGUGAAUAAAAAUUUUAAAAAAAUAAUUAAUUCUGCAGCAAAUUUGCCAUCAGCAAUACAAAAACGUCUUGUAAAAGCAAAAUGAUAUGUUUCUAGCAAAUGACUUAUUGAUAGAUUGCAGGAGAACAUUUGAUCUUUGUUUUUGUCUUUUGUGUGUCAUUCAAAAACUUAGCUGAAAGAGAUAAAUUACCAUGUCAACCAAUCAAAGCUGACCUGAUGAUGAUUCUGUACAGAUUUAAGUCAUAAGUGUGAAAUUUUUGAGUUGAAAACAUAGGUGUCUCUUUCCCGUGAGUGAAGAGUUUUGAGGUGGAUGUAUUCGCUGUUAUCCUUUGGUGAUAUUCUGGCUCUAAUGAGUGGUUUGAGGAUGUAAGACAUUAGCCAAGUACUUUUAGACCUACUUUGAGGUGUCUGCAUUAUCAGACAAGUCAUUGUGUGUAGGAGGCUACAACAUGUUGCAACGCACAUCUAGAACUGAUUAGGAUACCUGAUAGUCAGGAUGACUCUUGCCUUAACUUGAUCCCCCUUUGUAAACUUGAAGAGACCUGCCCUGCCAUUACAACUACAACUGACAGAGGUGAUCUGGGAAGGCUCCAUUAUCAUCUGUUAAAUGUGACAGGAGUUGACAAAACAUCACAGUGCCUAAUCGGGAUGCCAAGCUCAAUGGCAUUUGCAAUUUCUAAAAAACAUUAAAGUAAUUAAGACAUUCUGUUUAAACUGAGGAAAUUAAUUCUUUGGGUAUCAUUUCCACUAUAGUAUUUUAAGUCCCUAAUUGUGCGGAUGCAAAUCAAAGAUUUUCAUUUAUUUAUUUAUUUAUAUAUCAGGCCUGAUGUCAGCUAGGCUAAUUAGUAUUGAAAGCUGUGAGUGACAGAGUGAGCUAACUUUCUUCAUUUGCUUUGCGGCUAACUGGGCUUGGUUUUCUGCUGCAGGGGGUGUUGGGGAUGACACCCACAUGAGUGGAAUGGGGAUGCAUGUAGGAGUUGACACUAACAGGACACUUCUAGGUGUGGCUCAGGCUUUGUUUGACCCCUGAUGGAGACCAUACACACCCAGACAAGAGUAUGACAGUGUUUGGUUUUCUUUUUUACAAAGAUAUUUGUUGAUGCACAACACAAAAUGACUGACACCUGUAUGGGUUAAAAAAAUUGUUUUCUGUUCUUUACAUGCAGACCCCUGAACAUGCAGAUCCUUGACAUUCAAACACUCAUGCCUUAUUAACUUAAUUGAAUGCAUGUCUCUCUUUUAAAAGCAGGACGUUUGACUGUACCUAGUAAAAAACCAAAGGGAACUAUUUUAACUAUGUAAGGGCUAACUAAUGUGCAAGAAUUUUGUACCUUCAGAGUUUCUGUGUAUAGCUCAGCAAAAUAGAGGUCUAUUUUUUCAAUUUCUCCAAAAUUUAAUUCAGCAUUAUUAUUAUUAUUAUUAUUAUUAUUUAUCAUCAUUAAAACAUACUAUACAUUAUUUAGUGGGGGACAGUGCAAUGUAUGGGGCUUGGUUUUAGUGUAGCUUUAAGGAAAUGUGUGAGCAUGUGUGAAAGCUCAUAAAUUGUUUAGUAGACAAAGAAAUGGGUUCUUUCUUCGUACAGACGACAUGCCUAUCAGAUAAGACUGACAGAAAAUACCAUUAUCAACAAAACCUGGAUUGGGUCAACCACUGUAACCCUUGCAUCCCUAAUUCAAUCUGGUCUGAUCCGGGUUUUGUUGACCCCUUACUCUAGAGUACUCUUUCCUGUUGAACGAAUUUUUGAGUGGGAGAAAAUUUGUACCCUUAGGUGCAUCUACCAUAACAUAAGAUAAGAUGCCAGACUGUUCUAAAAUUGGACACCAAAAAUGUGAAACUUAAGCCAGUACCGAGUCAAAAUUUUUGUACUACAAGGUGUGGUUGCAUGGAUUCCUGGUAUUGCUCCUUAUGGAGUUGCUCUGUGAAUUUGGUAAAAUAUAUAGCACAGUGCGCAUGGGAAAGAUGGAAAAACCAAUUUUAUGAAUAAUAAAAUUCAGCCUGAUUUGACUUCCAUGUGAACAGAGAAAAAUAUUGUACUGUUAGGGUGAACAAAGUGUCUUGUCAAAUUUUUUAGCCAGUCGAAAACAUUUCCUGUAAUUGUAGCCUUAAAUUCCUCUUUGUUGAUCACAAGCUGUGCAGUGUGCACAAUCAGGGGUACUUUUGUACAAAAAUCAGUCAUCACUAUUGAGUGUGUCGUACGUGCUGUAAAAAAUUGUUUUAACUUUUCAUGACCAUAGUCCAAUCUUUUUGCUACCUAAUUGUUAGGUAGCAAAAAAUAUAUGCAAAAAAAAUACCCUUAACUCUAAGCCUAUCAGAUACAAGCAAAAUGGAUACUUCACAUGCUUGAUAGAAACAGAAGAAUAAAGCCACACUGUGUGCACGAUCAGGGGUACUUUUGUACAAAAAUCAGUCAUCACUAUUGAGUGUGUCGUACGUGCUGUAAAAAAUUGUUUUAACUUUUCAUGACCAUAGUUCAAUCUUUUUGCUACCUAAUUGUUAGGUAGCAAAAAAUAUAUGCAAAAAAAAUACCCUUAACUCUAAGCCUAUCAGAUACAAGCAAAAUGGAUUACUUCACAUGCUUGAUAGAAACAGAAGAAUAAAGCCACACCCAGAGAGAUUUCAGGAAACAGAGGAAGAGUUUGAUCUUGUGGUUACUGUUGAGGAACGGGUCUAUGACCAAGUUACAGAGCGUAAGUUACAAGAUUGCCUUCCUUUGUAUGUUAUUUAGAAACAUAAUAACGUAUUACCCAGGGGGGUACUCCAGGUUUCAAGUGACAGGGAUGAUCAAAAGGGGGCAAAAAUCAAAACCCCAAAAAUCCCAAGGCUUGAUUUCGAGCAAAACCCAAAAAAAUCCUUGUGAUGUGUUGGCAAUGUAAUAACCAACUGUUGACCCAUAGACUGUAUUGGCUGACUACCAUGACCUGUCUGAGACUGGACUGAUACUUGACUAACACUCAACCCAUAUGGCGACCGAUAUGUUGACUGAGAUAUCGGCCAAUACAUCAGUCAACACCCCCUAUAAGACAUGUUUCCUCAUUUCUGCAGAAGUUCCACCCCUCACAGGGCCCAGUUGUUUGAAAGCCAAUUAGUGCUUCACCCGGGGUUAAAUUUAACCCAGGUUUCUUUUUCUGGCAUUCAAAAGCAUUUUGUUGGGUAAUUUUCUCUGUUAUUUUUAGAGCUUCCAAUCAUCAACUAGCAGACAAAAAGAAUUAAAACUGAAAUGCUUUUUAAGCUUUCAAAUCUGAAUUCAACCCUGGGUUAUCUUAACCCAGCUUCGAACAACUUGGCCCUGGGUUUCAUCCACUAAUCAUGCUCCUCUGAGACACCUGCUGGAUCUAAUUGUUUCAUUCACGUUAUUUAUUUUAAAAUGGUGACAGUAUUACUUUUUUAUUAUUUUGUUGGCAUUGAGGGCUAAUUAUUAUCAAGACAAAAUGUUAACUUAUUUUUUCACUAGUGUAGAAUAAGGUGUAUAGUAAACUGAACAUAUUAUAUAUGUAUAGAAGCUGAAACAAUAUUGACUCAAAAUUCCUCUAUAACUAGGACUUUAUAGUGCCACUGCGAAGGCAAAGGCAAGAUUUAACAGGGUGUCCUAAUUUGCCAGAGAAGGGCCUUCAAGACGAAACCUGGAUUGGACCGAUCUAUCCGUCUCCCUCACAGCCAUUUUUAGUGUUGUCUACAUACAACAUUGCGUGAUGACUCUAAAGCGGCUGCAAGGGAGACUGGAUCUGUCCCUAACUUUCUGACACCAGCUAUCCCUAACCUUCUCUCAUUUAGUGAAGUAUGUGUUUCUUGAUGCGUACAUUGGUACAGCAUCUUGCACUGGAUACAGUGGAACCCCACCUUAUGGUCACCUCCUUAUUACGGCCACUUUUUUUGGCUGCCUGGCAAAAUGGCCAUUUUUUUUGCAAAAAAAACCCUCGUUAAUAAGGGUUACAGCCAAUUUUUUUUGGCCCAUUGGUGACCGUAUUAAUGGGGUUCCACUGUAUUAGUAAUAGUUUUUAAUAGCAAGGAGUGUUUACCUUUUGCUACAGCCAGGUGGUUUUAUCUUCAUAAUUUGAUUCUUUUUUCUGUACAGUUGGUAAUGGGAACAGGCACCCUAGCUAGCACCCCCUAGGCUACCACCCAUUGCGGAAUGGUUCUUUCUGAAUGCCAGGAUUUCCUCACUUGUUUUCCAAUCAUAUUACCUAGUUAGUUUCUUUUUCAGUUGACAUUUAGUUAUUCUUACAGAUCUACAUUCAAGAGGAGCUCAAAACUAUGCGCCAGUUCAUGUUGUAAACCUGGACAUUCAGGAUAACCAUGAGGAAGCCACAUUAGGAGCUUUCCUUAUAUGUGAAAUGUGCCAAGCUGUAAGUAUGAAUUCCUCAAAAUGCCUCCUAGUCUCAAAAUUAUUUUCGGUCAGUGUGUCAGCAACCACAGGUGGAGAUCAGCCAUCUGUGUCUUAAGUUAUGUCAUCAAAAUGGCAUUUUUCCUUCUAACAAUGCCUUUGAUUGCUGUACCUUUCUCAUCAGUUGCCACAUUUGUUACCAAAGCCAGCAUAGCUUGUGUGUGAAAAGCGCGAACCUGCUAUAGCUUCCCAUCUUUUAAUGUACUUAAUAAAAUAAUAUUAUUUUACUUGCCACACAGUUCAUGUAUCACUUCAUCAGUUCUGUGUACUUGCGUAUUUAAAUUCUGGAUAUUUCUUAUAGAAUAGUUAUGUUUUUUGUGCUGAGUGGUGGUGAUCAGCAAGUCAGAGUUAUUAUUUUAUUAAGGUGCAAAAAUACCGAUCACAAACCAUGUGCUAUCCAUUGAGCAGAACAGAUUAGCAGGGGAAUUGCAAGUUGUGCAAGUCUAAAUUGAACUCCUUGCCACUUGCUCAAGAAAUUCACCAGAAUCAAAAAUGCUGUAGAGCCUUCUGCGCCUGCAUUGGAUUGAUCAUGAUCAGCCACAGCCAAACACACUGCACUGCUAUGACAAACAACAACAUCUAUUUAAAGAAAUCAAGUUAUGAGUGACUUAUUAUUGUUUCUAUCACCCAGAAAGUUUUGGAUUGUAGACAAACAUGAAGAAUUUGCAUUUUUACAACAUAACGCAUUUUGUCUGUAUCACCAAAACUUUUGCGGUAUAAUGACAGUGGUGUGCCAUUUUCCUAAUGUCAACCAUGGCUAUAUGGGAAAAAAAUGACCUUACCAAGUGUCAACUAUUAAAGGACCUACAGUUGUUUCAAAGUUAAAUGAAAUCGCGGUGAAAGCGAGUGCAAAGCUCCUCCCAUUUAUUUGUCCAAAGAAAAACAACAAGGCGCUGGUUUGUGGAGAGGAGCAUUGCGUGACAACACAAAAAACAGCUGUGGAGCAAACUAUAGUGGUGAAGAUGUCUUGACCCUCCAUGGGGUACCAAUAGCUUCACUGGCAAUCUGACUUGUUUCAGGAUAAUUCUGAGAAAACAACUGUACACAGAGCUCUAGACUGACAAGAGCAAAGAAUUUCCAAUUCCAAGGGAAAGAAUGAUGUCAACUUAGUGAAGGAAUUGCCUUGCGUCAAACAAAAGAAGAAAGAGCUGUUAAGUGGUCGUGGAGAAAGUACUUCUGAGAGCAAUUAAAUCAGCCCUUUAGAUCAGUAACUUACAAGUGUCGCUUCAGAGUCCAGACAGACCUGGAAGUUAAAAGAGAUCUUAAUGAGGAAAUGACAGAAUAAUGCAUCCUGAUGAACUGAGGUACCCUCCAAAGGUAGAAGUACAGUCAAGUGAUGCAUACUUCAAUAAUUUUGCUUCUGGAUGAAACGUUUGGCUGAGGAUCUAAUGCAGUAGAGUUCUGUCGCGACAGAUUAUGUGGUGAUGAAAUCCCAGACUGCCUUCUUUACAUCCUUGAUUAACACAGCCAGUUCCCAAAGAGUGUGCAGCUGGUGAAAGAAGAAAUGGUUCGCCUCAUAACCCCCCCUGCCCCUAAAGACAGAAGUGACAGAACAUUUAACACCAGAAAGUGCAAAUAAAAUGGAUAAAUGGAUAAAAUGCUACUCCAAAGACUUGUUUUAUUUUUGUUGAGGGUGACUGGAUGUUUUGAAUGUUAAAGCAGGGUUCAUUUUGCAAGUGCAGACCAGAUGUUUUGUCACUCUAACCUUAGUCCUAAUCCUAACACUUCCGGGUUACACCUUCAUGAUCACCUGCACUGACAAAUUCAAACCCAGGGUUGUUUUUGAGAACUCUUUGGUGGGAUCAAUCCAAAGUGUUACCCAGGGCAUUUAGGUAAUAGGUCACAUAAUUAAGAUACUUUUCUUGUCCACUCUGCAAUUAUACAUUUUGGCCCACAUAACAGGCAUUUUUGGUUUUUUGUCAAGUUUCCUGGAAGUGGAGGUCAAAUGAGAUAACAAUAGUGGAGGGGACAAGAGAAAUAAUUUUUCCCCUCACUCCCUCCCCACUUACUUUUUUGUUGACCUCUGGUUAGCUUUCAUGAGGCUUUGUCUUCUGCUUUGCAAACCGCAAAUGAAAGACAGAGGCAAAAAACCACCUGCUAUGCAGGCUGAUCGGCACAGCUGUAUCUUAUAGCUCUCUGUUGUUGGUCACUUUUCAUGAAAAAAUCUCCAUUUUGGCCAUGAAAAUUCCGUACUGAUGACAUAAGUCAAUUAUAAAUAAAUGAUUAACCAGAAAUUCAUGGGGUUUCAGAUGUAAAUUUUUUUUACUUUUGUUUUCUCCUUGCUGUGAAUAAUUUUUUUAAAAAAUAAUUAAUUCUACAGCAAAUUUGCCAUCAGCAAUACAAAAACAUCUUGUAAAAGCAAAGUGAUAUAUUUCUAGCAAAUGACUUCUUGAUAGAUUGCAGGAGAACAUUUGAUCUUUGUUUUUGUCUUUAGUGUGUCAUUCAAAAACUUAGCUGAAAGAGACAAAUUACCAUGUCAACCAAUCAAAGCUGACCUGAUGAUGAUUCUGUACAGAUUUACAUCAUAAGUGUGAAAUUUUUGAGUUGAAAACAUAGGUGUCUCUUUCCCGUGAGUGAAGAGUUUUGAGGUGGAUGUAUUCGCUGUUAUCCUUUGGUGAUAUUCUGGCUCUAAUGAGUGGAUUGAGGACGUAAGACAUAGCCGAGUACUUUUAGACCUACUUUGAGGUGUCUGCAUUAUCAGACAAAUCAUUGUGUGUAGGAGGCUAGAACGUGUUGCAACACACAUCUAGAACUGGUUAGGAUACCUGAUAGUCAGGAUGACUCUUGCCUUAACUUGAUCCCCCUUUGUAAACUUAAAGAGACCUGCCCUGCCAUUACAACUAAAACUGACAGAGGUGAUCUGGGAAGGUUCCAUUAUCAUCUGUUAAAUGUGACAGGAGUUGACAAAACAUCACAGUGCCUAAUCGGGAUGCCAAGCUCAAUGGCAUUUGCAAUUUCUAAAUAACAUUAAAGUAAUCAAGACAUUCUGUUUAAACUGAGAAAUUUAAUUCUUUGGGUAUUAUUUCCACUAUUGUAAUUCAAGUCGCUAAUUGUGCGGAUGCAAAUCAAAGACUUUCAUUUAUAUAUUUAUUUAUAUAUCAGGCCCGAUGUCAGCUAGGCUAAUUAGUAAAGAAAGCUGUGAGUGACAGAGUGAGCUAGCUUUCUCCAUUUGCUUUGCGGCUAACUGGGCUUGGCUUUCUGCUGCAGGGGGUGAUGGGGACAUACACCCACAUGAGUGGAAUGGGGAUGCCUGUAGGAGUUGACACUAACAGGAGACUUCUAGGAGUGGAUCAGGCUUUGUUUGACCCCUGAUGGAGACCAUACACACUCAGACAAGAGUAUGACGGUGUUUGGUUUUCUUUUUUACACAGAUAUUUGUUGAUGCACAACACAAAAUGACUGACACCUGUAUGGGUUAAAAAAAUUGUUUUCUGUCCUUUACAUGCAGACCCCUGAACAUGCAGGUUCUUAACAUUUAAACACUCAUGCCUUAUUAACUUAAUUGAAUGCAUGUCUCUCUUUUAAAUGCAGGACGUUUGACUGUACCUAGUAAAAAACCAAAGGGAACUAUUUUAACUAUGUAAGGGCUAAUUAAUGUGCAAGAAUUUUGUACCUUCAGAAUUUCUGUGUAUAGCUCAGCAAAAUAGAGGUCUAUUUUUUCAAUUUCUCCAAAAUUUAAUUCAUUAUUAUUAUUAUUAUUAUUAUUAUUAUUGUUAUUAUUAUUUAUCAUCAUUAAAACAUACUAUACAUUAUUUAGUGGGGGACAGUGCAAUGUAUGGGUCUUGGUUUUAGUGUAGCUUUAAGGAAAUGUGUGAGCAUGUGUGAAAGCUCAUAAAUUGUCUAGUAGACAAAGAAAUGGGUUUUUUCUUCAUACAGACAUGCCUAUCAGAUAAGACUGAGAGAAAAUACCAUUAUCAACAAAACCUGGAUUGGGUCAACCACUGUAGCCCUUGCAUCCCUAAUCCAAUCUGGUCUGAUCCAGGUUUUGUUGACCCUUCACUCUAGAGUACUCUUUCCUGUUGAAGGAAUUUUUGAGUGGGAGAAAAUUUGUGCCCUUAGAUGUAUAUACCAUAACAUAAGAUAAGAUGCCAGACUGUUCUAAAAUUGGACACCAAAAAUGUGAAACUUAAGCCAGUACCGAGUCAAAAUUUUUGUACUGCAAGGUGUGGUUGCAUGGAUUCCUGGUAUUGCUCCUUAUGGAGUUGCUUUGUGAAUUUGGUAAAAUAUAUAGCACAGUGCGCAUGGGAAAGAUGGAAAAACCAUUUAUGAACAAUAAAAUUCAGCCUGAUUUGACUUCCAUGUGAACAGAGAAAAAUAUGGAACAGUUAGGGUGAACAAAGUGUCUUGUCAAAUUUUUUAGCCAGUCGAAAACAUUUCCUGUAAUUGUAGCCUUAAAUUCCUCCUUGUUGAUCACAAGCUGUGCAGUGUGCACGAUCAGGGGUACUUUUGUACAAAAAUCAGUCAUCACUAUUGAGUGUGUCGUACGUGCUGUAAAAAAUUGUUUUAACUUUUCAUGACCAUAGUUCAAUCUUUUUUGCUACAUAAUUUUUAGGUAACAAAAAAUAUAUGCAAAAAAAAUACCCUUAACUCUAAGCCUAUCAGAUACAAGCAAAAUGGAAUACUUCACAUGCUUGAUAGAAACAGAAGAAUAAAGCCACACCCAGAGAGAUUUCAGGAAACAGAGGAGGAGUUUGAUCUUGUGGUUACUGUUGAGGAACGGGUCUAUGACCAAGUUACAGAGCGUAAGUUACAAGAUUGCCUUCCUUUGUAUGUUAUUUAGAAACAUAAUAACAUAUUACCCAGGGGGGUACUCCAGGUUUCAAGUGACAGGGAUGAUCGAAAGGGGGCAAAAAUCACAACCCCAAAAAUCCCAAGGCUUGAUUUCCAGCAAAACCCAAAAAAAUCCUCGUGAUCUGUUGGUAAUGUAAUAACGAACUGUUGACCCAUAGACUGUAUUGGCUGACUACCAUGACCUGUCUGAGACUGGACUGAUACUUGACUAACACUCAACCCAUAUAGCGACCGAUAUGUUGACUGACAGACAAUUGACUGAGAUAUCGGCCAAUACAUCAGUCAACACCCCCUAUAAGACAUGUUUCCUCAUUUCUGCAGAAGUACCCCCCCUAGGCCCAGUUGUUUGAAAGCCGAUUAGCGCUUAACCCGGCGUUAACUUAACCCAGGUUUCUUUUUCUGGCAUUCAAAAGCAUUUUGUUGGGUAAUUUUCUCUGUUAUUUUUAGAGCUUCCAAUCAUCACCUAGUAGACAAAAAGAAUUAAAACUGAAAUGCUUUUUAAGCUUUCAAAUCUGAAUUCAGAUCUCACACUAACCCUAGGUUAUCUUAACCCAGCUUUGAACAACUCGGCCCUUAUUAUUUAUUUAAAAAUGGUGACAGUAUUACUUUUUUAUUAUUUCGUUGGCGUUGAGGGCUAAUUAUUAUCAAGACAAAAUGUUAACCUAUUUUUCCACUAGUGUAGAAUAAGGUGUAUAGUAAACUGAACAUAUUAUAUAUGUAUAGAAGCUGAAACAAUAUUGACUCAAAAUUCCUCUGUAAUUAGGAUUUUAUAGUGCCACUGCGGAGGCAAAGGCAAGAUUUAACAGGGUGUCCUAAUUUGCCAGAGAAGGGCCUUCAAGACAAAAGCUGGAUUGGACCGAUCUAUCCGUCUCCCUCACAGCCAAUUUUUAGUGUUGUCUGCACACAACAUUGCGUGAUGACUCUAAAGCGGCUGCCAGGGAGACCAGAUCUGUCCCUAACUUUCUGACCCCAGCUAUCCCUAACUUUCUCUCAUUUAGUGAAAUAUGUGUUUCUUGAUGCGUACACUGGUACAGCUCCUCGCACUGGAUACAGUGGAACCCCGCCUUACGGUCACCUCCUUAUUAUGGCCACUUUUUUUGGCUGCCUGGCAAAAUGGCCAUACAUUUUUUUUUGCAAAAGAAAACCCUUGUUAAUAAGGGUUACAGUUAAAUUUUUUUGGCCCAUUGGUGACCGUAUUAAUGGGGUUCCACUGUAUUAGUAAUAGUUUUUAAUAGCAAGGAGUGUUUACCUUUUGGUACAGCCAGGUGGUUUUAUCUUCAUAAUUUGAUUCAUUUUUUUCUGUACACGGUAAUGGGAACAGGCACCCUAGCUAGCACCCCCUAGGCUACCACCCAUUGCGGAAUGGUUCUUUCUGAAUGCCAGGAUUUCCUCACUUGUUUUCCAAUCAUAUUACCUAGUUAGUUUCUCUUUCAGUUGACAUUAGUUAUUCUUACAGAUCUACAUUCAAGAGGUGCUCAAAACUAUGCGCCAGUUCAUGUUGUAAACCUGGACAUUCAGGAUAACCAUGAGGAAGCCACAUUAGGAGCUUUCCUUAUAUGUGAAAUGUGCCAAGCUGUAAGUAUGAAUUCCUCAAAAUCAAUCCCUUUUAGUAAAUUUUACCAAUCGUCACUACUAAAGGCUCCUUCCAGAGUUCUGUAGAAGGAGGGAAAAAAUAAGUGUUAAGCAAUCAAUUAGGUUGAAACACACAGAGCAUUUUUUGAAAUGGCUGUGGCCCCGGGGGGAGACUCCUCAUAUGAAAGGGGUGGGGAUGCUCAUCGGAAAUUUUGAAUUAAACCCCUAAAAGAGACCGAUCUGGGCGUAGCCCAAGCUUUGUUUGACCCCUAAAAGGGACCAUGUUACAACACAGACAAUACACAUAUUUUUAUAUUUUUUCACGUGCAACCCUAAACGAGACCUUCACGGCUAAGUAUGAUGGCGUUUUGCCCAGAAUACCCUAAGUGAGACCAAAAUCCGAAAUUUACACCCCUAAGCGAGACGACAAGCAUCCCCACCCCUUUUAUAUGCGGAGUCCCUCCCCCGGGGGCUGUGGUAGGGUAUAGUAAUUGUGAGACUAGCAGGGUUGCCUGCAUGCUUCCCUUAGGAAAAGUUUUAAUUUGUGGGACCCUCUGAGGACAUGCCCAUGUCACUGCAUUCUAAGGAAGCAGGUAAAGAAUUUUUAACUAUGAGCUAGGAUGGCAUGCAUUUGAUUUAUUUUCGCCAUAUUUUGUUUAUAUCAAACAAAAGUUUGAGGAACUAGCAAGAUAGGAUUUUAUACAUUAUUUGAUGUUAUAACAAAUUUUUUAAGGAACUGUUUGGAGAUUUGUGGGGAGAAUUUGUAUGUGGAUAUUAGACCUCAAGAGUAAAGUAUUUUGUCUUCUAAAAUUCUUAGAUUGAGGGCCUGGAUGACUUAGAAGAUGAAAUUGAAGAGGUUAUUCCCAAACUGGAAAAGAAGUGGUCAAGAACUCUUCUUCAUACAGUAGCUUUCUACUGAAUAAUUUAUAGUAAAUUGUAUAAAUAGAUAUAUAUAUUUUAUAAUUUGAACAGUAACUGUUAGUGUACAGUAAAAAGCUCUUGUGUCAUUUAGUAAUCUUGUGAUUCAAAAUGUCACAGUCUGUACAUAGGCUUGUAAACCAAUCUGUCCACUUUAAUUUAAAGCAGUCAGCAUUGUAGUAAUUAAGUAAAGGUUAGUAUAUGAAUUGGUUCACCCUUAUGCCUUUCAACUAUAGAUCAACAUGCAUUUUCUCUACACUUCUCAUAUAUUUCUUACAGAAUCCAUAGGGAGAAGUUGUUAUAAAUCAGACAGUAGAUGCUGGAAAGGUUUAGUGCUUAGAGAAGGGGGAUAGUUUCUUAGUUACUUCAUCACUUAUUUAGUCAGAAAAUUGAAUAACUCAAACAUUGAAAGAAAAAAGUACAGCAGGUUUUUGUUUACAAUUACCUCGAUGGAAAAUUAGAGCCAAAAAAUUGUGAAAUUAUCCAAAUAGUCGUCACUUGAAUUAUUUUGCCACUUAAGCAUAAACUCCUUUCCAAAAAAAACUAGGGAAUCAAGAAAUUUUGAGGGUAAUGAUUUUUAAAAUCAUGUAAUUGUAUCACUUUUUGGCACCCUACAUUAACUUGUCUUAUCCCCAGAGGCUGUGGGCUGAAACAGGCUGUGAUGCUUGGUGCAGCUCAGUGGGACCAAAACCAUUUCAGCCUCUGUGAAUGAGAUUGUGUAUUGUACUACCAAGCAUUUUAACCACCGUGUUAUUUCGUGCACAUGCUUAGUAGAUUUUAGUUCAAAAUACUGAUGGUUGCUGUUUGCACUGAGAAGGGUUGACAAAUUUAUUGGUAUUUGUUAAUUUAUAUAGGUAACAAGUUUAUAAGCAUAAUACAAUAAAUAUUAUAAAUUGAUUAUUUAUACCAUGUAAUGUAGGAACAGCUCAACUGUUCAUCAUGUAAAAUUUUUCGAUUGGCUGAUUCUUUUUUACAAAGUUAAAGUCAUUGGCUGGUUGUGCAAUUCUAUAAGUUAUUUAUUCUCCAUUUUAGCAAAAUUUUGGGCAAUUAGCACUGUUUUCAAGAAAAUGUGUUUUCGUGUGUUGUUCAUUAGUCAAAUUUUAGACAUGAAUUUUGUCACUCGACUUAUUCUUAGAUAAAGGGUGUUUUCCCCUGCUGACUGACGUGUAAUAUUGAAUUCUUUUUCCAAGAAGUAAUUUUUCAGGGGUUAGCUGUUAAGAGCGCCUCAACUCGUCACAAUUAAGAUCAGUCUUUCCAAGACUAAGACUCUGUGGUUUUCGCAGAAUUACAACUUUCAGGCCCAUUCUGAAUAAUAUUGUGCGUUUGGUAAUUGAGACAUGGAAACUGUGUUUUUGGAAACAUCAGGCAAUUAACCCUAUGUUCAUGUAAUUUCAAAUGAACAUGCAUCAUGAUUUCUAACUUCCUUUUUCAUUGGCCAUAUUUAAGCUUAUAUCAAAAUGAAACCACAUGCGCACAUGACAUGAAAGAGAAAGUCUCACAAUGAAAAUUGCACCUACAGUAGAUAGCUUUUGCAUUAUUCCACUAUGUAUAAAUGCGUCACUCUUUUAAGAGUGUGAUAAUUUUUGGUGAAUUGUUGUAUGUGCUUUGUUUAUUUAAUACUUUUGCUUGGAAAAGCUUCAGCUGUCUUUUGUAUUGAUUAAGUGUCC